UGCAGUUUAUCAUGGAGGAGUAUGCCCGUGAACCUUGUCCAUGGAGGAUAGUUGAUGACUGUGGGGGUGCAUUUACCAUGGGGGCCAUUGGUGGUGGGGUGUUCCAGUCUGUUAAAGGCUUUCGCAACGCCCCUGUGGGUGUACGACACAGGCUGAGAGGGAGUGCAAAUGCUGUGAGAGUUAGAGCACCACAAAUUGGAGGUAGUUUUGCUGUAUGGGGUGGACUCUUUUCCACCAUAGACUGUGGUUUAGUGCGUCUACGUGGCAAGGAAGACCCUUGGAACUCCAUCACCAGUGGAGCCAUGACUGGAGCUAUACUGGCUGCACGCAGUGGACCUCUAGCUAUGGCGGGCUCUGCAAUGAUGGGUGGAAUCCUGCUUGCCCUAAUUGAGGGCUUUGGGAUACUCCUUACUAGAUACACAGCACAGCAGUUUCAGAAUCCGAGUCCAUUUGUGGAGGACCCGAGUCAGCUUCCCCCGAAAGGAGGAGGCCAGGAAACCCGUGGUUAUGGACAGUAUCAUUAGAACCUCUGUGUUACCAUGGUGACUAAUAUAAUAGACUUUGAAAAAGUGAGUGGACUGUUAGAAGUUUAGGAGCCUCCACACACAGAACCCUCCAGAGACCAGGGGAGGGGAACCUCGCCUGAACCGUUCAUCAUCUGGUAUUGAUGAUAGAUACUAUUUAUACUGAUGCCACUCAGGGGGAAACAGUAAGUAAUUUGUAUUAUUUAUAAAUUGUGAGAAACAUUUUGGUAUUUUCUCUUGUUGCAAAGGGAAGAAGUGGGAGCAUUGGUACCCAAAGAUUUUCAUCAAGCACAUAAUAUUUUUAGUUUACACCUGUUUUGACACAUCAUACGUUGACUACAUAAGAAAAAUAUACAGUUGAAGUCUGAAGUUUACAUACACCUCAGCCAAAUACAUUUAAAUUCAGUUUUUCACAAUUCCUGACAUUUAAUCGUAGAAAACAUACCCUGUCUAAGGUCAGUUAGGAUCACUAUUGUAAGAAUGUGAAAUGUCAGAAUAAUAGUAAAGAGAAUGAUUUAUUUCAGCUUUUAUUUCUUUCAUCACAUUCCCAGUGUGUCAGAAGUUUACAUACACUUUGUUAGUAUUUGGUAGCAUUGCCUUUAAAUUGUUUAACUUGGGUCAAACGUUUUGGGUAGCCUUCCACAAGCUUCUCACAAUAAGUUGCUGGAAUUUUGGCCCAUUCCUCCAGACAGAACUGGUGUAAAUGAGUCAGGUUUGUAGCCCUUCUUGCUCGCACACACUUUUUCAGUUCUGCCCACAAAUUUUCUAUCAGAUUGAGGUCAGGGCUUUGUUAUGGCCACUCCAAUACCUUGACUUUGUUGUCCUUAAGCCAUUUUGCCACAAUUGUGGAGGUAUGCCUGGGGUCAUUGUCCAUUUGGAAGACCCAUUUGCGACCGAGCUUUAACUUCCUAGCUGAUGUCUUGAGAUGUUGCUUCAAUAUAUCCACAUCAUUUUCCUCCCUCAUGAUGCCAUCUAUAUUGUGAAGUGCACCAGUCCCUCCUGCAGCAAAGCACCCCCACAACAUGAUGCUGUCCCAUGCUUCACGGUGGGGAUGGUGUUCUUCGGCUUGCAAGCCUCACCCUUUUUCCUCCAAACAUAACGAUGGUCAUUAUGGCCAAAAAGUUCAAUUUUUGUUUCAUCGGAACAGAGGAAAUUUCUCCAAAAAGUAAAUUCUUUGUCCCCAUGUGCACUUGCAAACUGUAGUGUGGCUUUUUAUGGCGGUUUUGGAGCAGUGGCUUCUAAAUUGCUGAGCAGCCUUUUAGGUUAUGUCAAUAUAGGACUCGUUUAACUGUGGAUAUAGAUACUCGUCUACCUGUUUCCUCCAGCAUCUUUACAAGGUCCUUUGCUGUUGUUCUGAGAUUGAUUUGCACUUUUCGCACCAAAGUACGUUCAUCUCUAGGAGACAGAAUGUGUCUCCUUCCUGAGCGGUAUGAUGGCUGCGUGGUCCUAUGGUGUUUAUACUUGCAUACUAUUGUUUGUACAGAUGAACGUGGUACCUUCAGGCAUUUGGAAAUUGCUCCCAAGGAUGAACCAGACUUGUGGAGGUCGACAAUUUUUUUUCUGAGGUCUUGGCUGAUUUCUUUUGAUUUUCCCAUGAUGUCAAGCAAAGAGACACUGAGUUUGAAGGUAGGCCUUAAAAUACAUCCACAGGUACAUCUCCAGUUCAGUACACCUCCUAUCAGAAGCUAAUUGUCUAAAGGCUUGACAUCAUUUUAUGGCAUUUUCCAAAUUGCUUAAAGGCACAGUUAACUUAGUGUAUGUAAUCUUCUGACCCACUGGAAUUGUGAUAUAGUCAAUUAAAAGCGAAACAAUCUGUCUGUAAACAAUUGUUGGAAAAAUUACUCGUGUCAUGCACAAAGUAGAUGUCCUAAACGACUUGCCAAAACUAUAGUUUGCUAAUAUUAAAUCUGUGGAGUGGUUAAAAAAUAAGUUUUAAUGACUUCAACCUAAGUGUAUGUAAACUUCUGACUUAAACUGUAUAGUUUGUCUAAAUAGAAAAGAUUCAAGGACAUUGCAUUUCAAGCAAUUUUUAGUUCGUGAAAAAUUAUUCCUGUACAAAAGCCAGUUUUGGCUCAUAUUUUAACGUCACUGAUACAGUGUUAUACAAAUGAGCAAUGUAUGGCUGCACUAAAUUUUUCUAUUUAUCUUUACCUGUUUUAUUAAGUUUUGAAUUAAUGCAAUCCAUGACUUGAAUUUGUACUAUUGCUUCACCAUUAAGAAAGAUCCUCUUUUAGAUCAUAUUUUGAUCUUUUACACUUUUUCAAUAUGCCAGCCACCUAGCCUUCUUUCUUGUGCUGACAAACUUAGUAUUUGUUUAUAUGCUCCAUUUGAUAAUGUGCAGUCAGGAGAGACACUGUUGUUGAAAUUAAUAUUCAGCUUUAGCACUUGAAUGUUCUUCUAUCAGAUCAAGUCAAUGAUCCUUUCAAUGUUUUCAAUCUCUUCAGUUUUGUACUGCUGAGUUUCCUAUGCUUUCUUUAUCACUUUUUUGAUGGAUAUUUUUUUUUGUGUGUGUGCACUUCAAGAAAGAGAAUAUGUAUGAGUAAAUUGUCUCAGAGUAUUUUAUGGUUGAUACAUUUUGUCUUGAAGUGUAAUUUGGUGUUAAAGGAAUAUUUCGUGUUCAAUACAAGUUGAGCUCAGUUGACAGCAUUUGUGGCAUAAUGUUGAUUAUCACAAAAAUAAAUUUUGACUUGUUCUUCCUUUUCUUUAAAAAAGCAAAAUCUGGGUUACAUUGAAGCACUUACAAUGGAAGUGAAUAGGGCCAAUUUGUAAAUGUUAAAAUACUCACUGUUUCAAAUGUUUAGCCACAAGACAUAAAAAAUAUAAGUGUUUACAUGAUUUUAGUGUGAUAAAAUCAUUUACUAAAUUUUCUGUGUAAAGUUAUCCAAUUUUACAUCUUUUUUGCCAUGAUGAUGUAAUGUCAACAAACCCUAAAAUGACGGUAAAAAAACUAUGAUUUAAACAACUUUACAGCUAAAAUAAUACAUGUUUGACCAGUAGAAUUAAUGUAAGUGCUUUUACAGUCCUGAUUUCUUCUGUUUUUGUGUAUCAUACUAAAUUGUUUCAAAAGGUCAAACAAAAUCUAACAUAAAAAGGCAAUCUGAGUAAACACAAAAUACAGUUUUUUUAAUGAUGAUGUUAUUUAUUGAAGCAAAAAGUUAUCCAAUACCAACUGGGCCUGUGUGGAAAAAGUAUUUGCCCCCUUAGUUACUAAAUCCCCAAAUCUAUGAAACUGCAUUCAUAAUGGGGUUCAGCUGGACCAGACACACCCAGGCCUGAUUACUGCAAGCCCUGUUCAAUCAAAUCAACACCUAAAUAGAACUUUUUCAGCAGCAUGAAGUUGGCUAAAAGGUCUCACCCAAUAGCACACUAUUCCAAGGUCGAAAGAAAUUCCAGAAAUGAAGAGGAAAAAAGGUGAUUGAAAUACAUCAGUCUGGGAAGGGUUACAAAAUUGUUUCAAAGGCUCUGGGACACCAAAGAGCCAUAGUGAGAGCCAUUAUCUCCAAAUGGAGAAAACUUGGCACAGUAGUGAACCUUGCCAGAAGUGGCUGACCUUCCAAAAUUCCUCCAAGAGCACAGCAAGGACUUAUCCAGGAAGUCAAGCCAAGGACAACAUCCAAGGAACUGCAGGCCUCUCUCGCAUCAGGGUCACUGUUCAUGACUUCAUUAUCAGAAAGACACUGGCCAAAAAUGCCAUCCAUGGAAGAGUGGCGAGGCGAAAACCACUGCUGUGCUGACUCAGAAGAACAUAAAUGUUUGUCUGAAUUUUUCGAAAACGCACCUUGAUGAUCCUCAAACCUUUUGGGAGAAUGUUCUGUGGACUGUUGAGUUGAAAGUGGAACUGUCUGGAAGACGGGUCCCAUUACAUCUGGUGUAAAUCAAACAGAAUUCCACAAAAAGAACAUCAUACCUACGGUCAAGCGUGGUGGUGAUAGUGUGAUGGUGUGGGGAUGCUUUGCUGCUUCAGGGUCAGGGCGACUUUCAGUAAAUGAGGGAAACAUGAUUUCUGCUCUCUACCAGAAAAUCCUAAAGGAGAACGUCAGCCAUCAGUCCGUGAGUUGAAGCUCAAGCGCAGCUGGAUUAUGCAGCAAGAUAAUUAUCAAAAGCAUUGGAGUAAGUUCACCUCUGAAUGGCUCAAAAGAAGCAAAAUUAAAGUUUUGAAGUGGCCUAGUCCUGACUUGAACCUGAUUGAGAUGCUGUGGAUUAAACCUUAAAGGAUUAGUUCACCCAAAAAUGAAAUUUGCUGAUUAUUUAAUCACCCUCAAGUAUGACUUUCUUUCUUCCUCAGAGCAGGAUUUAUGAUUUUUAGGAAAGUACCCCAGGUUUUUUGCUUCAUCCAAUGCAGUUUUUAAAAUAUCACCAUGAGAUUUUUGAAAUGUUUUUUUUUAUUAUAAAUUUAUUUAUUUUUUUUUUUAUUUUUUUUAUUUCAACACAAAUUCAGCACUCACUCAUUAAUUUAU